UCUAUUUCGCAUUCACCGACCCUUUUACCUCGUUUCACAUUGUAUCUACUAGAGAGAGCGAGAGAGACACAGAAAGAAGCGGAAGCCUGUCUGGAUGCCCUGCUUCGCAUCACCGUUCUACCUGCUUCAUUCAUGUUUGGAGAAGGAGAAAGCAGUGUGUUCUGGAGCUAAGCUUUUUACUUCAUAAGUGUUGUCGCUUAUUGGAUUGAGGUUGUAUUUGCUGGGAGUAUAAUAUAGUGAACACGCAGUAGGUUUGGUUGGCCAAUGAAUCGUUAAAUUACUGAUUCUUUUGAUGUUCCACGUCUUUAGGGACCAUGCCUCGUAAAGUAAGUUAUGGAAUUGAUUAUGAUGAAGACUACGAUGACUAUGAAGAUUAUGAUUAUGAUAAUGACCAUGAUUUUGACGUAGAAGAUGAUGGCAAGCCACCUCAGUCAAAGCAAGGAACUACAAAGCGUGGGAUUUGGAGUUGUUCCAUUUGCACUUAUGAUAAUGAUGAGAGUUUCUCUGCAUGUGAUAUUUGUGGGGUUCUUCGUAAUCCGUUGAUUAAUGCUGGCACCAAUAGGGAUAAGCAAACAGUUGAGGGCAUGUGCAAAGAUUCUGGAGCAUCCAAAAUGGCCACUUCUCUAUUUGCAUCAUUGCCGCAACGGAUACCCGAAACGGAUGUAUUGUUUCAAAAGCAGAAUGAUGUUUUUGUGAAGGAAGAGGGCAAUAACUCCCACAGGCAUAUGAAUAUCCAAGGACAAUUUCAUGAAUUCCAUAAGGCUUUUAGUACUUGUAGCCAUCACCAUGUUAAUAUAGGUCCGCACAUGUCUGAAAACAGGAUGUGGAUCUAUAGAACUAGAAUAAACAUUCCUCUUGUAGCCUCUUUCAAGUUUGAUGUUCCAUCCCCAGAUGAUUUGGUUUCUAAUGGAUUGCGCUCUGCCAAAAUGGGUUCAAAAGUCAACUCUGCGGACUUGAAAUCUUCAAGAGUUUCCUCAAGCAUCACUGAGAAGAAUGGUCUACUUAAUACAAAAGCAAGUGCUGAAAAGUUGGAUAUCUCAUCUUCGUUGAUGCGAAAAGGCAGACAAGAUACUUUUGAUGACAGCAAUCAUUCGAAGAACAGAGCUCAUAAUAUACAAUCGAGUGUAAAAGUUUCGGAUAGCUCAUUGGAAACUAUGCCAAAACAUUACAAUGUCGACGCAAGCAAUAAUUCGAAGAAUGAUAGAGGAAACAAACUAUCGAGUGAUAAAUGCUCUGAUAACUCACCUGCAUUGAAUCUAAAAGGCAGACAUGAUAGAAUAGAUGAGAGCAGUAGUUCUUCAGUGAGUGGGGGCAAGCCAGAAAGCCUUACCAAUAGUUUGAAUAAAAGGGCUUUGGGUGUUGGUUCUGGGUUUUCAAAUAAUGUUAAUGCUACAGUCACUCAUUCAAAGGAACAGUAUAAACCUGAAAAGUGGAUGCUCCCUGACCAAGCUGAAGAUACAUUGACACAACUGAAUCUUGCGAUUGUUGGUCAUGUUGAUUCUGGAAAAUCAACACUCUCUGGUAGACUACUACACCUCUUGGGCCGAAUAUCCCAAAAAGAGAUGCACAAAUAUGAAAAGGAGGCAAAGAUACAGGGCAAAGGGUCCUUUGCUUAUGCCUGGGCAUUGGAUGAGAGCACUGAAGAGAGGGAAAGGGGAAUAACUAUGACAGUGGGUGUUGCUUAUUUUGAUUCCAAAAAGUAUCAUGUUGUUGUGCUUGACUCACCAGGCCAUAAGGAUUUUGUUCCGAACAUGAUAUCUGGAGCAACACAAGCUGAUGCUGCAAUUCUUGUCAUAGAUGCCUCGUUUGGUGCAUUUGAAGCUGGUAUGGACAAUGCUAAGGGGCAAACACGGGAGCACGCACAACUUAUCAGAAGUUUUGGUGUUGAUCAAAUUAUAGUUGUGAUUAACAAAAUGGAUGCCGUGGAUUACUCAAAGGAACGGUUUGAUUUGAUUAAACAACAACUUGGAACCUUUCUACGUACUUGUGGGUUUAGAGAUUCUCUUAUAUCAUGGAUCCCAUUGAGUGCCAUGGAAAAUCAAAAUUUGGUGGCUGCUCCUUCUGAUGUUCGUCUGCUGUCCUGGUAUCGUGGACCUUAUUUGCUGGAUGCAAUUGAUUCCCUCCAACCUCCCACAAGAGAUUUCUCAAAGCCCCUAGUUAUGCCUAUAUGUGAUGUUAUUAAGUUGCCUACAAUGGGGCAGGUGUGCGCCUGUGGUAAACUAGAAGCUGGAGCUCUUCGGAGUGGAUCCAAGGUUCUAGUUAUGCCGUCAGGAAAUGUAGGGUCGGUACGUUCCUUAGAACGCGACUCUCAGGCUUGUACACUUGCAAGAGCUGGAGACAAUGUGACUGUUGGUCUUCAAGGCAUUGAUGGGGGCCAUGUGAUGGCUGGGGGGGUGCUAUGUCACCCUGAUUUUCCUGUUGCUAUUUCCAAACAUUUGGAACUGAAGGUCCUUGUUUUGGAUGUUACAACCCCGAUAUUGAUUGGCUCUCAGUUGGAGUUUCAUGUACACCAUGCAAAGGAAGCUGCAAGAGUUGUCAGAAUAGUGUCUUUACUUGAUCCAAAGACUGGCAAGGUGACAAAGAAGGCACCUCGCUGCCUUACUGCAAAGCAAAGUGCAGUUAUUGAGGUGGCUUUGCAAGGACCCGUGUGUGUGGACGAGUUUUCAAGUUGUAGAGCUCUUGGGAGGGCGUCUCUAAGAGCAUUAGGAAGAACAAUUGCUCUCGGGAUCGUAACCCGAGUAAUCGAGGAGCAGCAGGAUUAGUCGAUCUCAACCUAAGAGAUUCCUCAAUAUAUUAUGAGAUCUUUUGCCUUCUGUAGUGUUGCAUUAACCAUUCCAACAAAUUUUGUUUUUUUCCCUUUUAUCUCCCUUUAGACGCCAGAACUGUUCAACUGUGUUAUAUGCUACGGAAAAACCUGGUGACAGAACCAGUGAUGGGCUCAUGAGUUUUCUGUCGAUUUUAAUGUGAAUGAAAGGAAAUCUUUUGGGGGGUUGUUUGUUGUAUGUGCAUUAUACAAGAAAUCUGUGGGUCGAACAUGCCUGUACCUUGUAAUAUUUAUUGAUUCUUUAAGCAAUAUUCUCCUGGGUCACAAGGUAUAUAAUAUAUUUAUUUAUUUAUUCAUUACUUGAA